GUGGAGCUCGAUCUCACACUAUCACUCUCUUCCCUCUUCCCCGAAUCCUUUUAAAACUCUCCCCCUGGGUUCAUACCCUCCCGAACCUCUCCCCUUCUACCCUUACAACCCCACCCUCCCCCUGAACACAUCUGAACAUACGGAUCAGAUCCAACUUUGUGACCAAAGACCACCAACCUCGCGCCUUGUCAGUUAUUUUUUCCCCAGAAGACAUCGCCAUGGACUCCGGUGUGAUUGAAGGAGGACUCAACGUCACUCUUACCAUCAGACUACUCAUGCAUGGCAAGGAAGUUGGCAGCAUCAUUGGAAAGAAAGGUGAAUCUGUGAAGAAGAUGAGAGAGGAGAGCGGGGCACGCAUCAACAUCUCAGAGGGAAACUGCCCAGAGAGAAUCAUCACCCUGGCCGGUCCAACCACCGCCAUAUUCAAAGCCUUCUCCAUGAUUAUCGACAAACUGGAGGAGGACAUAAGUAGCUCCAUGACCAACAGUACAGCCACCAGCAAACCUCCAGUGACCCUGCGCAUAGUGGUGCCAGCCAGUCAGUGUGGUUCACUCAUCGGCAAAGGUGGCUGCAAGAUCAAGGAGAUCAGAGAGUCGACUGGAGCUCAGGUACAAGUGGCAGGCGACAUGCUGCCGAACUCCACAGAACGGGCCAUCACCAUCGCUGGUACCCCCCAGUCCAUCAUCGGCUGUGUGAAGCAGAUCUGUGUGGUGAUGUUGGAGUCCCCUCCAAAGGGUGUAACCAUCCCCUACCGACCCAAACCGUCAGGCUCUCCUGUGAUCUUCGCUGGUGGACAGGCAUAUGCCGUUCAAGGACAACACGCAAUUCCCCAGCCUGAUUCUUCCUCUGCCUCUAUCUCUCCUCAGCUCACCAAACUCCACCAGCUCGCCAUGCAGCAGAGUCCUUUCCCUCUGGCGCCUAGCAACCAGGGCUUCACUGGAAUGGAUACGUCAGCUCAGACAGGAUCACAUGAGAUGACCAUUCCAAAUGACUUGAUCGGGUGCAUCAUUGGCCGGCAGGGUGCCAAGAUUAAUGAGAUCAGGCAGAUGUCAGGAGCUCAGAUAAAGAUCGCCAACCCUGUGGAGGGCUCCACUGACCGCCAAGUCACUAUCACAGGCUCCCCUGCCAGCAUCAGCCUGGCCGAGUACCUCAUCAACGCCAGGCUUUCGUCUGAGGCUACAGGACUGGCGACCAACUGAUAAGACAGCAUCUGCACUAUCCCUCACAUUUCACCACCAUCUCUUUAACUCACACACACACACACACACACAGACAGACACACAGAUUCUCAAUGCAACUAUCCAGUGUUCCUGAUGAACCCCUCCUUCCUCUUUUACACUAGCCCCUCUCUGUUUAGAUCAUACCUACCAUUAGUUACCUUUCCCCAUUAUUUAUAUGGUUUCCUUCUUUCUGUUUGUUUUUUGUUUUUUUCCUUUGUCUCCUCAAAGGAUUGGUUUUAGAUUCCCUUGGGGUCCAGUUGGAAGUUUUUGAUAUUAAUUUGUUAAGUUUUUUUUGUUUGUUUUUGGAAUGGAAGAAAAACAAAAGGAAAAAAAAAAACCUCUCCCUAACUUUAUUUGCCAUCCUGAAGGAUUAGAGGUGGAAAAGUCUGAAUAGGCAUCAUUUUAGUUCUGUAACAUCAAUUUUUUUCCGAAAAAACUUUUUAAAAAAAGGCAAAAAAAGGAAAAAUAAAUGUAAAAAAUGACAAAAAAAACCACACAGAAAUGACUGACUGUUUUUUCUUAAAAUCCCUGUCCCUCACUCAAUCAUACACAUCGCUUGUUCCUUUAACAUCUCUCAAAUUGCUUUUCUCUCUCCCUCUCUAAGGAUUUGUCCAUUGUAAUACGUUGACAAACAUAGGUUGUCAGUUACAAGUCACAUGAGCUGGGUUAUCUUGAUUAAUAGCACAGCUGGUGAUGUCAGUCGAGUUUGUCUGAUAGAAAGAGACCAUGCUUUUAAUCUGUGGCUUUACCAAUCUGUAACUCUAAAGACUUGUACAUCAGUCAGUGACACAUUAUUGGUCACUGUAAGUCAUUGCAGAGGUCACUGGCUUGGUCUUAUCUAACAGACCCUGACUCAUACAGCAGGAUGGCUCUGUCCCCGAACAGUGACUUGGCAGCCCACCAUCCACAGAGUCCUUAGCUUGGCUUAUUAUAGACCCUGUGUCUGGCACACUAAUUCAGAAAUGGAAGGGAAGUCUGUGAAUAGGAUUUGUUAUCACUGUUAAAAAAAGGGGGGGGGGGAGUGAGAAGGAGGGAGGGGGUUACAUGAGUAGUUUGUCUGUUACAGUUCUAGGAUUUGGUUGUGUCAAAUCUUAAUUGUGGCUACUGUGCUCACUCAUCAUGUAAACAGUGUAACGAUUUAUCAUGUUGUAACUUUUGUUUUUGCUGCGUCAUUCCUAUUUUUCCACCUUGCCUUUUUGGCCACGUUUAUUAGUUUGUUGGUUGUUUUGUGUCAUGGGACGGGGAACUGAGGGUUGGGUACAGAGAGGAAUGGAAAAGGGCUCUGAAACAGAAAGGACCGGACUGAUCUAUCCUUUUUUUGUAAAGACUGAUAUUACUAAACUGAGUUGGAAUAUUUGUUUUCAAAUGGAGUUUUUUUUUUUUCCCCAAAAAAAAAAAAACCCUACCAAAGUGGAUUGACUUCUGAUUAUUGACAGGUCUAUGUAUGAACGCAACUUGUUCUAAGAACCAGAUCAUGUGGAGCUGAAAUUAGAUUAAAUAAGGACAUGGAUUUAACACUACUUUCUUGCUCUAUGCUUUUUUUGGCUUAAGUCAGAUUUUAUUUUUAUUGUUAUUUCCAGGAAAACUUUUUUUGUGCACGUUCUCAAAAAAGACUGUAGACCUGGGUGUCACAAAAUUGUUAAAAAAACAAGAAAUUAAAAAGAUAUGAACUGCUUAAACUAAAGUGUUUUAUGUAUU